AUGCACAAAUUUAUCUUAUUGCUCUUGCUCUUGAUUUCCUUCGAAAUGACAAUUGCCUUGCCAAAUCUGCCUUUCUUGGAAGCUAGAGGUGUUGAUCUUGCUACAACUCCUGCGUGCAACGGAUGUUUAGACAGAUGCAAGAAAUCUUCCGAUCCUUAUUGCAGUGCUGAUUGCUGUUGGGUUUGCAUUCCAGGAAGAGGAGGAUAUCAGACCGAUUAUAUUAUAUUGGUCAGAAGAGCUCCAUACUCCCAUUAUUUUGUAUUCUUCCAGGAUUUUAUUAAAACUGCUGACAAAAGCGCUUCCAUACUCACAGUACUUUUCAAUAGACAGAAAACAAAUCCUUCGAGUAUUCACGUUAGAACGUUUGUAAUUUCACAGAAAAUUAUAUACUACAAGCCUCAAAAUAUUAAUACUAAACGAACUGUCCUUAAAUCACAUAAUACAACCGAGUCUUGA